GAAAAAGCCAAAGAAGAAAGCAAUCAGAUGUCAGGGUGGUGGAGUGACCAUCAGCACCAAUCCAUCCACUCUUUCUUGUAGUUUGUUUUUGUCUCUUUCUUUCCCUCCCCCCACUAUAUAUAUUUAGCUUCUUCAGGACCUCAGCUGCUCAAUUUCAUAGUACAGUACAGAAACCGCGUCUUCCCUCUUUCUCCCAAGGAGGAGAAACAGAGACUUCAGCUCUUAUUAAAACACUUGGAAACUUACCCGGUCUUUCCUUGAAGUUUCUUUACUGUAUAUAAAUUCAAUUAUAGUCUUUAUUCUGUCUAAUAGUCAAUAGGGAAAGAGGGAGAGGGCAAUGGAGAUGAAGUUUAAGAUGAUGAAGAUGAUGAUGAUGUUAGCAUUGACUUUACUUUUGUUAGUAUCAGGUUCUUUUGUGGCUGCAAACCAAGAAUUAAGGAGGAAGAAACAGAUAUUACCACCAGCAGCAUCAUCUUCUGCUACCAAAGUUGGAUCAUCUGUUGUUUUUCGUGUUCUUGGGAAUGUCUAUCCUAUUGGGUAUUACUAUGUCGAAAUGGGCAUCGGCUACCCACCCAAACGGUACUACCUUGAUAUUGACACUGGCAGUGAUCUCACAUGGCUUCAUUGUGAUGCCCCUUGUAAAAAUUGUCCCAAGGCUCCUCACCCCUUGUACCGACUCAACAAGAACAGCCUUGUCCCAUGUGCAGAAUCUGUAUGUGCAGAAUUGCACUCUCUUGAAAAGAACAUAUGCAAGAAACCAACAGAUCAAUGUCACUAUAAGAUUCAGUAUGCAGAUCAAGGUGUAUCGCAGGGUGCUCUUGUCAAGGAUGUUUUCCCCAUUCGUUUGACCAACGGAACACUGGUUGGACCUCGUUUUGCUAUUGGUUGUGGAUAUGAUCAACAGGGUUCCAAAGGAACUACGUCCCCUACAGAUGGAUUACUAGGGCUUGGCAAAGGAAAAGCCAGCUUCGUAUCUCAGCUUCAGAAUCUGGGUCUAGUACGAAAUGUCUUCGGUCACUGUUUCAGUGGCAACAGCGGAGGCUUUCUGUUUAUUGGAGAAGAUCUUGUUCCCUCUUCUGGAAUAGUUUGGACACCAAUGUCACGUAAUUCCAUCGACGAAAGCUACUACUCCCCUGGUCCAGCUGAACUCUAUUUGGGAAAGCAGUAUAUUGGCGUCAAGGGUCUUCAAGUAAUUUUUGACAGUGGGAGCUCCUACUCAUAUUUCAAUACCCAGGCUUACAAAGCUAUCAUUUCUUCUAUGAUGAAAGAUUUAUCUGGCAAGCCUUUGGAAAUAACUAAGGAUGGGACCUUACCAAUUUGUUGGAGAGGUGCGAAACCAUUCACAUCCUUCAGCGAAGUAAAAAAGUACUUUACGCCUCUAACACUAAGGUUUAAAAGCGGCUGGAGAUCACAGCAGCAGAUGGAAAUACCUCCUGAAUCUUACAUGAUCAUCAGUAAAUAUGGUAAUGCUUGCUUAGGAAUACUAAACGGUACAGAAGUUGGCCUGCAAGAUGACAACAUUAUUGGAGAUAAUUUUUUUCAAGACCGAGUGGUGAUAUAUGAUAAUGAGAAGCAAAAGAUCGGAUGGGCACUUGCAGAUUGCAACCGGAUUUCCAAGUCUGGAGUAGUCCUCUUGUGAUUUCUUGCUUCCAUUAUAAUGUGGCACCUGGACACUCCACCAAUUCUUUUCAUUCAAUAGCGUGGAUCUUGAUGAAGAAAGACUUUCACAGCUUGACUAGACACAACAAAUAUUGAUUUACUAACACAAGGCUAUUGUCCCGCAACUUCAGUUUACCAAUUGGACGAGUAUGAAGUGUCAUAGAUUGGUGAUGAAUUAGACAAAUAACGGCAGGAUCAUUACUUUACAAAGAACGUAUAUUGUAAACGCAAAAAAUCCAGUUAAACAGAUAUGUUUGUGAUAGCUAUUAAUGAAUAAAAAAAACUUGACUUCAUCCUCUA